UGGGAGCUGUAGUCCAGGAGGAUGCAGGCGGCGCUGAGGUGGCGUUUCGGCGGCGCGCGAUGGGCGCUCCGCGUUCCCGAGGGGGCCCCGCGACCUCGCUGCCUCGGGCCGGGCUCCGCCCCGGCCCCGCGGUGCUGGAGCUGCGGCAGCCGCCUCCCCGGCGCCGAGGGGCUGCCUCACUUCUGCCCCGGCUGCCGGGCGCUGCAGCCGCCGGGGCCUCGGCCUGACCUCUUCCGCCUGAUGGACUGUGACCGCUCCUUCCGCGUCGACGCGCAGCAGCUGCAGCGGCGGUUCCGGAGCCUGCAGCGCGCUCUUCACCCCGAUCGCUUCGGCCGGAGGCCGCCGAAAGAACAGCACUACUCUCAGCAACACUCCUCCUUGAUUAAUAAGGCCUACCAAACCCUCCUGAACCCUUUGAGCCGUGGCCUCUAUCUGCUGGAGCUGAAUGGAGUAGAGCCGGCACAAGAGACAGACUGUGAUGCAGACUCAGCGUUUCUCAUGGAAAUCAUGGAAAUUAAUGAGAAAUUAGCAGAACCUAAAAAUGAGGAUAUCCUUGAAGAAAUUGAAACUUUAAUUAAAGUUAAACAAGAAGAACUGACCAAAGAGGUGACUGCAGCUUUUGAAAGAGAUGAUCUUCAAGAAGCUAAGAAGCUUCUAGCGAAAAUGAAAUAUUUUGCAAACUUAGAGGAUAAACUAAAGAACAAGAAGAUCCCUUCCUGAUACUGCCUCCUUUACUGUUAAGAGUUAAUGUUAUUUUCAAUUAAACAGCUGAUUUAGUUACCAAAAUCAGAAAAAUGGUGUUUGCUUCCGUUUUCACUAAAAGCUUUAAUUCCGAGGGAAGGAAGAUAAAGGUAAAAGAAAUCCAGUGCUUACUGUGGCACUUACUAAGUUAACAGAUGGAAUCAAGAAAUGCUUACAGCCAGGAAAAGAUGUAAUAAUGUAAGGUAGGACUACUGUCCUAGCAGUUACAGGUAUGGAAAUGAGUAUCAGAGAGGCACACAAACACCAUAUGUAAUUAAGAUUUCUUACUUUUUGACUACUAAAGUAUGGAGAAUUUAUUUUAAGUUGAGAAAGAGUCCUGGAUGAAAUGUUGGAGAUUAAGCAGAAAGCUCAUUCAAUAGGUCCUUCAAGCUCUCUCUAGUCUCCUUAUGUGUGUUCUAUCAGACCAUCUUGAAAAGUCUUUACAUGUGAAAAGUAUUUAAUUCCUGUCAUCUGUCCUCUCUGCUACUUAGUGCUUUUUGUGAUGUUGAUCUCAAUCUGCCAAGAACUGACCUUCAAAACUAGAAGAGGUUUGACCCUGUUGCACAGUUUAAAAUGUUAAGAUGCUAGGUUAGGGCAAAAAAAUAAACUCAAACUCCAGAAACUCUUUUAUUAGUGCUGGAAACAAGUCUUUCUAAUAUACUUUAUUACAAAUAACAGUAAUUCAGAUAGGUAUAACAGUAAUUCAGAUAGGUGCUCUCCUGUCUUUGUACAGUUACAGUAGUAGGACUAGAUGAGGAAUGUCCUUAAAUCUUUCAAAGAAGUUACUUAAGUGAAAAACAGCAACUAAAUACCCCAAUUUAUAUAUGAACUAGAAUAUUUCAAAUAUCAGUUUCUCAGCAGGUCAGUUCUUGUUUGGGUUUUAAUGCCUCAGAAUAUUUUAUUCCGUAAAGCAUUAACAUAUGCUUGAUUAGCUGAAUCUGAAGAAGGGGCUUAGAAAUGUAGGAAAAGCUACUGAAUUAUCUGAAGAAAUCUGCUGGGGGGGGAGGAAUUCACUGAACACCCUCUCCUGGCAUUUCCGUGUCCCUACAAUAUCAAGUUGUAGUUAAACAUCAUCUCCUAUGUAUAAUAUAAUAUGUUGUUAAUAGCAUUUCAGCAAUAUAUGUUUUAACAGCAUUUCAGAAAGAUUAACCUGCCUUUAAACUUCCUCCAAAUAUACAGGAGGAUUUAAUAAGCUACUUGUUCAUGGUAUUACACUGCUAAUUUAGAAGAUGCUGUUUGUAAUUCUUAUUAAAGUUCUGUUACAGCUGUGAAAUUACACAAAUUUUAAAAUUCA